AUGGAGACAGAUGUAAUAGAUUUAGGGAAAAAUUUCUUCGGCAAUCCAGCUCUACUUGUUUAGCAAUCGUUUGUGGACCUAAAGUUGAGACAAACCAACAACGCAACUUUAAUUUUCUACCAAAGUAAUUCAAUAGCAAAGGCUAAUAGAAUUUCCCCCUGUACAAUUCUAGAUUUUAGACGGUUUUAUUCUACCAGAAAUCAAAUUGGGUAAGAUUCAUCAUCAAUUCUUGAAACCGAGCCAACAUGUCAUUCCUUAUACCAUUGAUUUUCAUUUGGAAAAUUAGGACCCCAAGGAUCUCUUCUAAUUAUUUUUAUCAUUUUUAUACACAGGAAGAGUGAUAUACCAGGCGAAGGUGCACUACUUACCCUUACUCAAAUUAGCCAUCUACUUUUAAUGUGACAUUCUCAUCCAAUGUUUACUCAAUUAACCAAAGCAAUCAGGUAUAAUUAGGAAUUUUUUUCUAAAAUUUCUAUGUGAUAUUUUUAAUGACUAAACUUACACUUAAACCUUACUCUCUCAUUAAAAAGCAUAAAGUUUCUUAGAGAGAAUGAUUAUAGAUACUUCCCCUAUCAUUAUAAAACACACAGAAUUGCAUAAUCAUAAUAAAAAGGAAGCUCAAGAUUAGAUUAUAAAUUGUACCAUUAUCAAAUAUUUUUAGCCUUUAAACAAGUAAGUCCACAGCUAUUCAAUGUGAUGGCAGACGUUUUGAAGGCCAAUUCUUAAAAAAUCAUUUACCUUAGUGCAUUGCUAUUCUUUUUGGACAAGUAUGAAAAUCCUUGGAUCAAAACGAUGGAAGGGAUUUACCUGGGAAAAGUGUACGAAUUAGUAGAUGAAGAGUUCUACAAUUAUCACGAAGAGUGGUUAACUGAAAGAUGCAAAUUAGUAUUCAGAACGUAAAUAGACAAUACAUAAAAUCAACCUUAUCAUAUGCAACACACAGUAGUUUGUGAUUUUGUGUACUUCUUAUAUAACUAUUUAUUAGGAAUAAAUCAUUUGUGGCUACUUGUUCUCAUCUGACAUGUUUGAAUUGCUUCUACUAAUAUUUGAAACACCGAUCACAAUUCAAAUUUUCUUGUAAGGAAAUGCCUAUAAAAACCAGAUGUUUGUCGAGACAUCUUAAUAAAAACAUAUGUGACUGCGUUUAUUAAGAUCAAGAUUACUUACAAUUACAAAAAUAUGAAAUUAAUGAAUUAUUAAAUUUAUACCUUUAAGAAAAAAUCUGA